GUAACAAUGACAGAAAGAACGCCACUGCCGGGGAAGAAAUACAAAUUUUCCAUUAAUAUAUUUGUUUUAUUAAUGGUCUUGGUGAUAGCUGUGCAGGGAACCUACUUGGGUUAUGUUGUAGGAAUGCUUACAACAUUAGAAAAACGAUUCGGAUUUUCCUCAGAGAAAUCUGGAUGGCUUUUAUCUUUGUACGAUAUUGGACAUACAAUGGCUAUUCUCCUUAUCGGGUACAUCGGAUCUCACUACCACUUACCAAGGAUUACAGGAAUUGGGGUCAUCCUCAGCUCACUCUCCAUGUUUAUGCUUGCACUUCCGGUUUUGUUUUAUGGUACAGCUGAUUACACUCAAGAACAGUUAAUGCAAAAAAAAGAAGCAUACUCCGUGGAGAUGAGUUGUGACACAAACGGACGCCGAGAAAUCUCGUCACAAGGAGAAGAUUGUUGGAGGGAGCAUCACGAACAUACUAAUGCUUUCAUCAUAUUGGCGUUUGGUCAACUUUUUGCUGGAAUUUUUGCUGCUCCAUUUAACACUAUUGCCUACGUGUAUAUUGAUAGUAACGUGAAACAAAAACGAGAAUCGCCAUUUCUUCUGGGACUACUAACUUCCAUGUACGCUUUUGGACCAGCUCUCGGUUUCAUGCUCUCUUCGAUUCUCAAUGGUGUUUACACAUCUCUUGGAGAUGCUCCGGAUCACAUUGGUACACAUGACGAACACUGGAUUGGUGCUUGGUGGCUUGGGUUUUUGGUUUGUGGAUCUGCGUAUCUGAUACUGGCGGUGCCUUUCUUCUUUUUUCCAAGAACUUAUAAACACCCUGACUCGUUCCACCUCAUGCUGGAACAUUCAAGACCGCAAGUGAGCCCGGAAGACCGAUUAACAUUUAAAGAAAACAUCACACUUUUCCUCCGGGAAUUCCCAAUGGUUCUUAAAAAGCUGAUAACUAACAAAGUUUACAUUACAAUGGUUAUUGCUUGGAUGUUUGGAUCAUACUUAAUCGGUGGAUAUCAAACUUAUUUGCCAAAGUUUAUUGAAACCCAAUAUGGUCGGUCUGCCAGUAUGGCAGAUAUCUACUCGGGUAUAAUCUCUGUUGGAGCAAUUGCUGUAUCAACUGCUCUCGGAGGAUGGAUUUUAUCAAGAUACAAUAUUGCUCCUAGAUCCUCCAUUAUUUGCUUGAUAGGAUCUUGGAUUGUGAUUCUAGUGAGCUAUAUUAUUGGAAUGAACUUAGGAUGCUCGCAACCCAAAGUAGAAGGCUUGACGUAUGUUGAUUACGCUUCGAGAUGGCAUUUUUAUCAUCACAGAGAACGUGAACAAGAAUGCCUAGAAUACUGUAAUUGUGAAACUGUUUUGAAAUUUGAUGGAGUUAGUUAUAAUGGGCAAAACUUUUAUUCUCCGUGUCAUGCGGGUUGCACAGAGUACGAUAUUUACUCAAAUACGUGGUCGAAUUGCCAAUGUGCCUAUGGGAAUAUGGUAGACAAAGGACUUGUACAUCCCGAUUGUGGAAUAUUCUUUGCAUAUCUUGCUGUGAUGUUAAUUGGACUAUUUAUUGGAAAUCUGUUCUUUAUGGUUACAAUGAUGAUAGUUCUGAGGAGUGUAUUUGACGAAGAAAAAGUUAUUGCAUUGAGCUUAGCCUCUUUCAUUACAAAUCUAUUUGGAUUCAUUCCCGCACCGGUGAUUUACGGCUUCUUUAUUGAUCUGUGCUGCAUUUUAUGGAACCGCCAGUGCCCCAACGAACGAGGCAAUUGUGUGCUCUACGACAACGACAUGUUCACAAAAAUGUUCCACGGAGUGAACAGCUUUUUCCAAGUAUUUGCAAUUAUAUUUGCCGGCAUUUGUUAUUGGCUCUCCAAGACUGUCAAGCUUCCAGAAGAGAUGCCAAUGGUAGAUUUUCCAGAAAGCCGAGAACGGGAAUACCGAGACGAGGAAGAAGAAUGAACAAGAUCUUGACUUUAAGAACAAUCUUUUUAUACGAGUAUUUUUAACAAUUUGUAAAUCAACUUAAAUACAAACAAUUAAAUGCAAU